AUGGACUACGAAACGCCCUCUCCUCAGCAGAACGGAGCGGGGAAACGAGGGAAGCCUAGUAAGGCGUGCGUUCCCUGUCGCGCACGCAAGAUCAAGUGCGACGCUGCUGUGACUGGACUGCCCUGCAGCAGCUGUGUCAGCCGACAGUGCGCCCCGAAUUGUGUCUUGUCGGCGCGCAAACCCCGAAGACGGAUUGUACGCACAGUUGCCGUCGAAAAGGAGUCCAGAGCACCACGACCUGACGAACGUACUCCAGAGCACGCAAUAAACAGCGCUCAAACAACACGUACAGAGGCAUCGAAUCAGGUAACCCUACCUCAGACAUCUCCUCUGGAUCACAAUAGCUCUACCCCUCGGGAUCACCAGUCUCGGCCUGACCUACAUUACCUCAAUAUUUUGCACGACGCCAUCACCGACUCGCCAACAAGUCCACAGCACGCCAGCAACGAUACUCCCGGCAGCCGACCUGAUGAUGACCUCAUCCCUCGGAUCCGGCUCUGGAAUAAGCCACCGGAACUAGAUGAGGUGGACAACGAGUUUCUUACUAAAAAGGGAGUUUUUGACUUGCCUGCUCGAUGCUAUAUGGACAUGCUUGUUAGGACGUAUUUUCAUCAAGCCUGCUCUUGCAGUCCCGUCAUCGAAAGAGUGGAGUUUCUCAGAAGCUAUCAGUCGGGGGCCUGCUCCUUGUUUAUACUCUACGCCAUCUUUGCAGCCGCAACUCUCUUUGCGCCACCGGAAGCCAUAUCCGGCUGUGGAUUCACUCACCGUUCGGCUGCUCAAGAAUCAUUCUUCUUAAAGGCAAAUCUGCUUUACGACUUUCAGUAUGAAAAAGAUACCCUGCGCAUGUUGCAGGGUUCACUCAUCUUGGGUGUCAUCAUUCUUGACCAUCCAACAGAUAGAGACUUUCAGUAUUGGUUCCAUAACUCGAUCCGCCUUGCAGUCAAGCUUGAUAUACAUAAUACGUGUGCUAGAGGAGACGCAUCUUUCAGACAGUUGAAGCUUUACAGGCGGAUCUGGUGGGUUCUUUACAUUCGUGAUGUCUUUCAUUCGUUCGUCAACACACAGAAUCUUCGACUCCUUGAGAGUGUUCCCCUGUUAAAACUCCUCAACAAAGAUGACUGGGAAAUCGACGACAUACAUGAAGAAUCCGACUUGUGGUCACCGAUAUCCCACCAGCAAAAGACUUCGCUAAUUGCCCACUGCGAACUGGCCCAAAUUUUUGGAAAUUGCUUGUCUACAGUCAAGAAUGGGUCUCAUCAAGGGUCUCAUCAAGAUGUACGCCAACUGAUGCGUCCACUGGAUGUUUGGCGUACGUCCCUCGCUAAGAAGAUGGGUAUUACCGACCCUUUUCAUGAUAGCGAGAUAUACUACCCAGAGACCCUCGCAAUAAGCUACAGGUUUGAAGCCAUCAUGUGUCGCCUACUUCGUCGCUGCUGGCGUUCGCGAAAUGUGAGUGGAAGUGAGUGGGCGAAGCAGAGACUUCGGUCAGCCAUCUUUGAGCUUGACACCAUCGCCAAGAGAGUCUUGGCGAAUGGAACUAUCCAGAAGUUCCCAUUGACUUUUGUCAGUACAAUGCCGGCUCUCCUGGCACUUCAUAUCGAAACAGCACUUGAUCCGUCAGAGACAGAUCUUGUCCGCUCAAUGGCCAAACUGUCAAUUAACCAGACAAUGCUGGUUCUUGACCAAAUCAAGGAUGUUCCUGCAAUAUCACGAGCCCUUCCGGCCUUUGAGAUGGUGCUCUCUAGGAAGAACCUUUACUCGACUCCAUCAAGUCAUUCUGAGUCCAUGCAGUCACCCUCAGCCCAGGAUCGCCCGAACCAAUCGUCUGCGUUAUUGCACGCGCAUACUGGCAUAGACUCGCACCUCGGUUUGGGGGAGCAUCUUUCUCCUCAUGGCGACUUUUUGGGAUUAGAUUUCUUGGAUCGGUGGGAGAUGGAGGAGUUGGACUUUACAGGCAUCUACUGA